AUGGCGGUCGAGCCACUCAACCGCCGAUCUCAACCUUCCGGAUCCGGCGGAGCCGUGAUCAAGGAGGUGCACUUCAGAGGCGUCAGGAAGCGCCCAUGGGGGCGGUUCGCUGCGGAGAUACGCGAUCCGUGGAAGAAGACGCGGAAGUGGCUAGGGACUUUCGAUACCGCGGAGGAGGCCGCUAGGGCUUACGACGAUGCGGCCAGGAGCCUCCGUGGGCCGAAGGCGAAGACUAACUUCGGCGACGGAGGACUCUCCUUCGCCUCCGCCGAGGCUCCUGUGGCCGGCGCCUCGGAGUUGUUUGGAAAGGGUCUGCAGCAGCAUUGGCUGCAGCCGUCAUUAACUGGCGGCGGCGACUCCGUCGCCGUUACGACGCGGUCGGAGUACACUGGAUAUAGGUUGGAUGCGGUGGAUUUGAUGGUGAGUGAGGAGGAGAAGAAGAUGAGGCAGGAGAAGGAGAAGAAGCCGUUCCUCUUCGACCUGAACCUCCCGGCGCCGCUCUUCUGA